UUAAUAACAAACAAAAAUAAUCUCAGCCUUGGCCGAUUAAUUCCUUAUAUACAAAUUACAAAGCAUAAAAAACGACGCCGUAAGGGAAGAGUUUUGGUGUUCUGUUUGGUGCUCGUUUCAUCUGCUGCAAAAUAAUUUCAAGCUUUUGCUCCUUUAUGAGAUGAGUUCUUUUUACACUCUUUUGUUACUUUCUAAAAUCCAUCGGCUGUUUUUUCGACAUCGGGCAAUCUAAGGACAAAAACAAAGAGGAAAGAGGAAGAAAGAAGGAAGAAGAAAAAGAAAACGAAGAAGGAAGAGGAGGAAGGGGCUCGAUUGUUUUCUUCUUUUUUCUUCUCUUGUUUCCAAUUGACCAGGCAGGUUCUUCUCCAACAGCUGAGGCUGACGCUUCUCUUCUCCUUAUUGGUUCCCAUUGUCAUUCAUUUUCCCUCUCCAUUUCAAAGCUUACGGGAGCUUUCCCUUUUUAUUUGGUAAUAGGCAGACAUGGAGUCUAGCAGAGUGAGUGAGAAAAAGAAGCUGAAACGCAGAGAGAUACUAGAGAAAAAGAAGGCAAUUGAUCAACUCAUCAAAGCCGCUUCUGCUCCAAUUGACCAUCUUGCUUCUUUCCCUUCCUUUCGCUAUUUCAACAGAAAUGGCCUUUGUUUACGCUUGGAAUCGGGGCGUGGAGAUAAGCUCUCCCAUUGUAUGAAACAAUGCAUUCAAAACCUCCUGAAGGCGAAUAUGGAGGGCCUGUAUGGAUUCGAGUGGGCAGCAGAAGAGAAGGUGAAACGGAGGGAAAUGGUUGCUCCGGAAGCACACUAUAUAUUUGUACAUUGGAAUGCCAAUGAGAUGAUGAAGGACAGUUCCCCUACUCCCUCGCUUGGUUUCCUACAUUACCGCUUCACUCUGGAAGAAGAAAUACCGGUUCUUUAUUUAUACGAAUUGCAGCUGGAUUCCUCUGUCCAAGGGAAAGGACUUGGAAAAUUCUUGAUGCAAUUGAUUGAGCUUAUCGCUCAGGAGAACCGCAUGGGUGCAGUGGUGUUAACUGUUCAAAAAUCAAACUCUUUAGCCAUGAAGUUUUAUAUAAGCAAGCUAAGAUAUGUGGUAUCAAGUAUUUCACCUUCCAGAGUCGAUCCAUUGGUUGGAGUUGAAAAGAAUUAUGAAAUUCUUUGCAAAACAUUUGAUCACGAAGCUAAAGUCAUAUUGGAGGUACAUUCAGAAGGAGAUUAGGGUUUGUGGCUGCUUUCAGAUUUGAAAUUGCAUAGAUUCCGAUCAUUCCUGGUUUGUUUAGAUGUGGCAAGUGCCAAAACGGAAUGAAGUGGAUCGUCGUCAGCAGAGGAGAGGCCAAAAUCCACCUUGGAAUGUGGUUAGAUUAUCAAAAUCAAAAUUAGCUGAUUUAUUAUGGGAUUCGGCAUUUCCAGGAAAUUGGACCCCACGCCUUUGGCCCUUGCGGUCUAUGUUGUUCAGUUAUUUCAUGUUGACGUGGCUCAUGUUUAAGUCUGAGGGACCCAAUCUCUUCCAACACUAGCCUUUCAUGCUCGACAAGAGGUGAGAAAAAACAGAAAAAAGUAGACAAACAAAUUUAAGGAAAAAGAAAAGGAGAGAAAUUUUUAUCAAAUGGUAUUGAUGAUAAUUGAUAAUUGUCCUUACACGGUACUCGAAUAUGGCCAUGAAUUGUGCAAAAGAAAUAUGUCUUGAACCACA